AUGCGCGACGGAAGCGUGUGCGUGGACGACUGUGACGCGCUGACUGUGACCGGGGGCUCCUCCGCGGGGGCCUCCGCUCGGCCCGGCCCGGUGACGUCAGAGCUCAGGGGUCCGGUGACGUCAGGUGACGUCAGCAGGUCAGGGAGGACGUGGGUGACGCCCACCGGGUCCUCCACGGGUCUGAAGACCUUCAACAGCCUGACCAGACAGAAGGAGACGCUCGUCCUGGCCAGGGAGGGAGUGGCUACCUGGUACAGCUGUGGACCCACCGUGUACGACCAUGCACACCUGGGUCACGCCUGCUCAUACGUGAGGUUCGAUAUCCUGCAGAGGAUUCUGUCCCGGCUGUUUGGCAUCACCGUCGUCCACGCCAUGGUCAUCACAGACAUCGAUGACAAGAUCAUCCAGAGGAGCUGGGAGGACAAUGUUUCUCCAACCAGCAUAUCCUCGCUGUACGAGGAGGAAUUCAAGAGGGACAUGCUGUCAUUAAAGGUGAUUCCUCCUGCAGUGUAUCUAAGAGUCACUGAGAACGUGCAUCACAUUGUCGCCUUCAUUGAGGGGAUCAUUAACAACGGACACGCUUACGCCACAGAACAAGGCGAUGUGUAUUUUGACAUCCAGUCCAUUGGCGAUCGUUAUGGCAAGUUUGUGGGAGCUGUGGGUCCUCCUGGAGAACCUGGCAACUCCAAAAAACGAGACUGCAGGGAUUUCGCUCUUUGGAAGCAGUCCAAACCUCAGGAACCUUACUGGGAUUCUCCGUGGGGCAGAGGAAGACCUGGCUGGCAUAUUGAAUGCUCUACCAUCGCUAGCUCCGUGUUUGGGAGUCAGCUUGAUAUCCAUUCUGGAGGUAUCGACCUGGCCUUUCCUCACCAUGAGAACGAGGUGGCUCAGAGUGAAGCCUAUCACCAGUGUGGACAAUGGGCAAACUACUUCCUCCACUCAGGGCACUUACACCUAAAAGGCAGUGCAGAGAAGAUGUCUAAAUCUUUAAAGAACUUUGUCACUAUUAAGGAUUUCCUCCAGUCUUACUCUGCCAAUGAAUUCCGGAUGUUUUGUCUUAUGACCAAAUACAGAUCAGCGAUAGACUACAGUGACAGCAGCAUGUUGGAGGCUCGGACCUCUCUGGGAACCAUCUCCACCUUCAUCCAUGAUUCCACCGCCCACAUCAAGGGUCAGCUGCAGUGUUCACCUGUACGGGAAGCUCUUCUCUGGGAGAGGUUGGCUGAGACUAAAUCCAGCGUGAUGAAAGCACUGGCAGAUGACUUCGAUACCCCAAGAGCCAUCAGUGCUGUGAUGAAUCUGGUUUAUCAUGGAAACUGCCAACUCCAGCCCGUUUCUAAGUGUCAGGGAGUGGCUCGGAGCCCUGCAGUGUUUGGAGCGAUGGUCAGCUACAUCAGAGACAUCUUGGAUGUGUUUGGGAUUGAUCUGCUGCACAGUAAGGAGGCUGGUCUGGUUGGUAGUUGUGGAAGUUUGGAGGUCGUUGUGGAGCAGCUGACUCAUUUCAGAAGUGAAGUUCGAGCGUUCGCACUUGCUCAUCAGGAUGGCCCCACCCAUGGAAGCCCCAACAAACCUGGACUAUACCCAGAGAGAAUCCCUCUCCUCAAAGCCUGUGACACCCUCAGAAAGGACCUGGCACCCUUGGGUGUGCUGAUAAAGGACCGAGGAGCCACCUCCACAUGGGAGCUAACUCAGAGAAAACAAAGUCCGGUGAGACAAAGUGUCCAGGAUAAAGACCAGGAGACAUCCAGCUGAAAUACAUGUCUGCCUCUGAGACUGGCUCUUUAUUUCAGACUCAAUUUAACUCCAUGAACUGAAAGACUAUGGAAACGAAAGACUAAACCAUCCAGAUUUCAUAACAACACAAAGUACCUUAAGGUCACAUGCCUGAUGUGCCAGUCACUCUCAUAUGCUUUGCUUCAUAAGUCAGAAGUAGAUUAUAUAAUAAUAACUGUCUAUUGAAGCGGUGUAAUACGUUUGUUUCUUUGUUGUGUUUUUGUGGUGUAGAUUUCAGUGUGUAGGAUGAAAGUUGAAUGGAACACAGAAGGCUAAAUGUGUUUCUCUCUGUCUGAGGUUGAAGAAAACCCACGUCUCUCUUAUGGCUGAGCCAGUGUUUUCCUCCAGUAAUGAGAUCCUGUGCUGAGCCUACAGGACUAUAAUGCUACCACAUGUUUAAAAGUGUCUAACUGAAUGAAAAUAAAAGGAACAGUUCUUGCAUU